ACUGAACUCUAUACAUACUAGCAAGUCUGCAUGAGAAUGGCUGACCCGAUCGAAAAAUUUGCCGAAGUUUCAUUGGAUAUUAAAGAAGAGAAAUUAAAAGGAGUAUGCCCCAUUAAACCAGAGUUUAUUAUCAAUGAUCACAAAAAAGUCUUGACAGAAGAAUCAUUGACUGAUGUCGACAAGGAGCAACCAGCGUCACAAACAAGCGAUGGUGAGCAUGAAACACUGGCUGAGGAGCCGACGGAAAAAAAAAUUAAGUUAGAUGACAAGAAGGAGAAACCUCGAGGGCAAAAUAAGGCUAGGCCUCCACCGUACAAAGCACCUAGAGAAGAAAAUCUAUGUCCUUGGGUCGUGGACCAGGCGGUUGGAGAGCCUGAUAAGAAAUGUGAUAACACAAGGUGCCAGUUUAUGCAUGACCGGGUGGAGUACAUGAAGAUUAAACCGAAAGACAUUGCCGAGAGAUGCUUCUUCUUUGAUACAAUCGGUCGAUGCCCUAGAGGCACGGCUUGCAGAAUGGGUACUGUGCAUUUAACUGAAACGGGACUCAACAUAAUUGAUGAAUCAAAGUUUGAAGAGUACAAAAAAAAACCACUGUCUACUAAAAAUCAACUGCCUAAGGACUUGCAGAAUAAACUCAGAAAGCAUAAGUAUAAUUUUUCAAUAGCGGAGAAAAUCAUCAAGGCCAAUGACGCGGCUAAGAAGAAGAAGAAUGCUACAAUUCCUGUGGAGAAAAAAACUGCAAAAUCUAAUUCAGCUGAGAUUAUCGCAAAGACUGACGAAAAUGUUGAAUUGAAAUUAAAUGAAAAUAAUUCACAUGAAAAAGUAGAACACGAAACGAAUCUGGAAGCUUCCAGUAAUGGCGUCGAAGGUGAAACGAUUAAUGUCUCUGUUAAAGGCUCUGGAAAUUCAAUGAAAGUGGACCCAAAGAUCGGCCCAUUAUCUGAUUACGACAUAAUAAAGCAACUACCUUCAGAAAGGCGAAGAAUCGACUGGAAAGAUAAGAUUUUAUUAAGCCCGUUGACAACAGUCGGUAAUUUGCCUUUUCGUAGAAUUUGCAAAGAAUACGGGGCUGAUUUUACCUGCGGAGAGAUGGCACUGGCUCCGAAAAUAUUGAAAGGUGCCACUGAAGAGUGGGCAUUGGUUAAAAGGCACGAAACUGAGGAUAUAUUUGGUGCACAAAUAUGCGGCAACAAUCCCGGAGUUCUUACCAGGUGUGCCCAACUCCUGGAGAGCGAGGCUGAGGUCGAUUUCAUUGACCUGAACCUGGGAUGUCCGAUAGAUCUCAUAUACAGACAAGGCGGAGGGAGUGGAAUGCUUAACAAACUGAAUGUACUGGAAAUAACAAUCAAGUCUAUCAGCCAACUCAUGCGGAUUCCUUUGACCGUUAAAACCAGGAUGGGAGUUUACAUGGAUAAACCUAUUGCACAUAAUUUAACUCCAAUGUUCCGCGACUGGGGAGCUUCGAUGAUAACGGUACAUGGCAGAUCGAGAGAGCAGAGGUACACAAAGAUGGCAGACUGGCAAUACAUAGAAAGGUGCGCUCAGGCAGCGAAACCAAUUCCAAUAUAUGGCAACGGGGAUAUAUUAUCAUUUGAAGAUUACAAAAAUGCAAAGGAAAAUUACCCCUCUUUACAGGGUGUUACUGUCGGGCGUGGUGCUCUGAUUAAACCGUGGAUAUUCAGAGAGUUCAAGGAACAAAAACUGCUGGAUGUACCAAGCACCGAGAGAUUUGAAAUUGUUAAGAAGUAUGCCAAGUAUGGACUUGAACAUUGGGGCUCAGACACAAGAGGCGUGGAAACAACCAGACGGUUUCUACUUGAGUGGAUGUCGUUUCUGCACAGGUACAUACCUGUGGGAAUAUUAGAGCGACCACCACAGAAGAUAAACGAAAGACCGCCAUUUUAUCGGGGUCGUGAUGACAUGGAAACGCUUAUGGCCAGCUCGAAUUGUGCGGACUGGAUAAAAAUAUCAGAAAUGCUUCUCGGAAAAGUACCCGAAGGUUUCCACUUCCUGCCAAAGCAUAAAGCAAACUCCUGGUAGGAU